AUGGCUCCAUCAGCUUUGGAAAGAGCCAAAAGUCAGAGGGGACCAGUACUUGCAAACUCCUUCAGUAGAAAUGUGGUUUGGCAUGUUGUAUGUUUGACGAUUUGUUUUUGUUUUGGCGCUGUUCGGGACGUGCCGGUUCUGCGCUUAUGCUGCUGCCCACCAGUAGACAAUAGCCCAGAGGAGGAAGAAGACGAAGAAGAGCGGGUCGAGGAGGAGGAGGAGGAGAGAGAGACCAUCUUUGUGCAGCAGCCAUCAUCAGCAGGAAAGGAAGAGGACAAGUUAUUGUGGCCUUCCCCCCGGCGCCACUGGUACUCGGAGGAAUGGCUUCAAGCAUCACGUUCGCCAUCAUCACAACCUCCGAUCCCGUCAUCGUGGGACAGCAACAGCAGCCGGUCGUCCUUACUGUUGCGAUCGCCGGAGGAAGAGUCUGCUGCUGGCGGCGGCAAACAUGUGUUGGCGGGGAGACAAGGGAUGGCAGGUGCGGGCUUGAUGGCUCGCAAUACAAAUCGUCGCAAUGGAAACGUUGGUGAUGGUCACCUGCCGGAGCUCAUACUUUCCUUACAGAACCUGGAUUUGAGCUUGGGACGGUGGGAUCCACUCUCCAUUUCCGUGGCCCUCCAAGCACGUGUGUUCCCGGCGUAUGUUCUCUUAUUGGAGUCAGACUUUCGACCUGACCGAUGACAGGUGUCUUCAUCAUACCAUAUUUGCCUCCGUUCAUUGGCAUACAGAAUUGCAGCGUGCACCAUUGCUCAUUCGCGACGCUUCCGAUCGAUGGUGGCAGAACGUUCUCACCAUUUUGCACUUGCCAAUAGGUGGCUUUCAUGCGGAUUACGGCAUACAUCAUGCACAGUAAAAUGCAUUGCCUUGCUCUCCAGCACAAACAAGUACGAUCUGACGCAACAAAACUUGCCAUUUCCUUUCUGAGUUGUGCCUUGGGUGGAUUUUUUCCCUACGAAAUCCCGUAAUGGUUGUCAAAAAGCGGAAUAUGCUUGAUAGUGUGGUACCUGCUGGACGGCGUGUAAUUGCUGCAGUAGAUCAACAAUCGGCUGAUGCUGAGUUGACCUGCUCUGCUGUGAUCAAAUUUUAUUGAACCUCGUGUUGUGGCAAUAGGAUACCAAGACAAUACCAAAAUAACCUCGUGUGACUUCUGGCCUUUGAUCAUAUGAGCGUUCUAUUACUAGGGAUGCUCGUUACUUGAUCAAUGACGCCUGAAGUAGCUUAAUACCCAUGAUUGAGGGAGCAUGAAUUGAGUAUAUAGUGUGGGAGUGGACGAGUUAACCGUGAAGAUGCUGUUGAUGGAUGACAUCAGGUUUUGUAUAUGUAGGCGUGAAUGGUGAGGGAUGAGGAUAAAUGACAUUUGCCUGAUGUGCUGGACAUGACGGACGUCAAUCAACGAAACCAUGAGUUUUGCUUUAUGCUAUUAUUUUGAUGAGCCACUGUGAUCUUUUUUUUUCCUUGUGUGCUGAUGCUGAUAACCGAAUCCAAAUCAUAGGGGGAGAGUGGGAUAUCCUGGAUGCCAAGUGAUUCCAUUGCACCUGGCAUAGUGUACGUUAUAUAUAGGCUCAAAAUUUGUGAUUAGAUUGAUUUAUUGAUAUCCGCGAUUGUCUCCCCCCCACACCACUCAACCCUUUGAUCUUCAGCGUGUAUCCAUUAUACAGUAUCAAACAGUGCUCUCAUUGCUGAUGGAAGCCCCUUACCCUUACGUCACCAUCACUCGGAGGGAGUUUUUCAAAAAAUUCAGAGUCCGCUGUAUACACAUGAGCUUUUGAUCAAACCUAUAAUUUGCUCUUAAUUUCUUUGUCUGGUGCGAUUUUAAAUACAGGUGGUACCUCGCAAUUCGACGGUCGAAUUUGCAGGGAGGUUGACUUGCAAUUUGACCCUUCGACCAGCUUUGGCCAUUUUUUCGCAUUUUUGAAUUUCUGGGAGUGUAUUGCAAUUCAACCCUAGUUCAGCAACUGAUUGGGGUCGAAUUGAGAGGUACCACCUGUGUAGACGUGAUUUCACCUACGUCAUACUUCUGUGAUGCCUGAUUCCGCAUCAUGCCAGUAUGAAUGGAACCUUGCACGUACCGCACUACUUGAGAGGUUUCAAUCCUGAGCCAUGUGCUUGAUUGAUGUGGGUUUCUGGAACUGUGUUCAUUUUUGUUGGUGUUCAGUUAUUGGGGUCAUGUGCAAGUGCAACAUUCAUGCAUCAUAUCCAAGGCCACGAAGAUGGUUUGUCUAAUUGAGUUAGAUGGUUAACUCUCUUCAGAUCAGCACUCUCUAUUUUGCGUGAUUCGAAUGCAAUCCGAAGAUACCGACUCAUUAAGCCGAAAUAAUGUACUGUACAUUUCUCAUGCCCUACCUGAGCAAAAGGUGAUGUAGAUGACGUCAUGAGCUCUUGCUUUGCCUAUAUGUACACUUUGCAACGAUGAAUUAAAAAAAAAAGGAGUCCACAUUUUUGGCGAACUUGAAAAAAAAAAGCUCAGAUCUGAAGUCCUGUUUUCAUUUUUAUGGCAAUGUCGUCGUCAUCAGAAAUAGUAUUUGCUUUCCAGUCCAGAAUAGGUCGACAUGCACUGCUCCGCAGCUAUUUUGAAAUUUUGUUCUGCUUCAAUGUUUGAGUGGGGACCAAGAGGCAAAUCUUUCACAUGUCUUUCCAUGCAUAUAUCAUUCUAGUUGUUAGACUACAUUUCAUCCCUGCUGUCAACGCUCAUCUUUGGCACAACUGAUGGUAUACACGUGAUCGAGGGGUAUUGGCUGAUGCAUAAAUAUUUGGACAUUUUUCAUCCGGCAUCCUCUCAUUAGGAACAGAGGCAGAGCUUUUCUUGGCUGAUGAAUUCGUCUGAACUUUUUUUCUUUCUGUUGGUGCAGUAGGUGUAUAAUAGUGCAAUAUAUGGUUGCGGUGUAGAGCGAGACAGAAGUCCCCAUGCAGCAUGCUAGCUGUGUUGCCUAGCUUCAAUGAAGGCAAUAUCUUUUCUUCAUUUUUUGGUGAUCACAAAAAUGUAAGAUUGUAUUGCAUUUUAGAGAAGUUUGCAGGGCAGUGAUGCGAUGAAACCACAAAAGUUCAGCUUCCACUCUGGUCCUCCUGCGUCUUAUUCACCCAUGUUUCCCAAAAUUUUCCAGACUGAGUGGCAUCUUUCAACUGUCAGCAGAGGGUGGCAUUCCUUUUGAAAAAUGCAUGGUGUUACAUGGUCCACCGUGCUUAUUCUGAUGUGUGGCAAUUGUACGUGUUUUCGUUUUUUCCUAUGUUGGCAUUGUGUUGGUCACAUUUUGCAGUCAAUGCUGGUCACGUGAAAUGAUAUUGAGCAAAGAUUUCAUACCAUUA